UUCAACGUUUAACGGCUGGCCAAAAGUAACCAAACCCACGACGGUCUUAAGAAAAGAAAUAUACAAAAAAUUCAAACAGUUUUCUGUACUUGAAGUUUGGGCGUAGUCAUUAAGGUUGAGAGAUUGGAGUUCGCGGAAGUGUUCAACAAACGAUUUGAGAUACACGAAAACAACAUGAAACUGCAACUAAUCGCGCUGUUAUGCAGCGUCGUCGUCAUGGUGCAGGCCCAAAACUAUCCGCCGCGACUGAGCAUUCCUGGAGCAGUUCCCGUGUCAGCGCCGAUCCCUCAUCGGCAGCAGGUGCUGCGCGUGCGUCGUCCCGGACAAUCGGUGCGUCAACAGAACGCGGUCUUGCCGGCGGUCACACCACGCAUUGCGCUGGAGGAGCGACCCGUCACAGAGCCCGCUGAGGAUGAGCAGCCAGAUGCCUUCCUGCCCAAUCUGUUGCGGGAGCAGCAGUUGGCCCAGGCCCAGCAGUCACAGUUCCAACAGGCGGCUGCCGCUUUCCUCAAUGGCCAGCAGUCCAUUGAGCCGGCCAGUCCAGUGCAGCAGCUGCUCCAACACGAGGACAGCCAGCCAACUGCAAUCUUGCCAGCGCCACCACGUUUCGCUGAGCGUCCCGCAAUUGCCACGCCCAUUAACCGUCCAGCCUUCAAUGACUUUGGCAUUGGACGCUUUGAUAACUCUCAGCGAUUUGGUCUGGAGCGUCCGGCGCCGACAGCAGCGGCACCUCCUCCACCACCACCACAGCAACCACAACGUGUAGCCGUGAUACGGACACGACCCUCGGCUGCAGUGCGUCCAGAAGCUCCAGCGCCUGUGCCCGUCGCACGACCAAGACCCAAGCCCAUACAGUCGCGUCCCAUCAUCGACGAGAACCAAUUGCAGGAUGAGCAGCAUGGACAGCAGCAACAGCAGCAGCGUCGCCAGCGCCCAGUUGCCCAGACCAUUCGCAAGUGGCGCGAUGAGAACGAGGAUGGCAGCAUCACCUGGGGCUAUGAGAACGAUGAUGGCUCCUUUAAGGAAGAGUUCAUUGGCACCGACUGCAUUACCAAGGGCACCUACGGUUACAUUGAUCCUGAUGGCAACAAACGUGAGUACAACUACGAGACGGGCAUUAAAUGUGAUCCCAACGCACGCGACAAUGAGGAGGAGCUGCAGGAGAACGGCUUCAUCAACUACGAGGAGAAUCGUGCUGUGCUGCCAAAUGGUCUGGAGAUUGACAUGACGCAGCUGGGCAAGAAGAAAUCCAAGCGUCCCAACAGCAUCUACAGAAACUAAACUACACGCUCCAGUACUCCACUAGAUAUUUAAGUCAAGCAACUCUUAAGUCGUCACCUUAUUUGUACUAAUCUGUAAUCUAUAAUCUCUGUAAUUAUGUCUGUACUUUAUUAUAUUUUGAGUGUAAAGUGAGAGGAAAUUAAAAGAUUAUGAAUAGCCUG